GUCUGCUGUGCAGUUGCAGUUACGAAAUUAAGUACAGCAUGGCGCAAAACCACGUGCCUGUAUCUUUAAAAACGCAAGAGCUUCCUUUAGACUGCAACUUCCUCCUUUAUUCCUGUAACGUACCCGACCGGCAGCUAGAAUGGUGACUUUAGCCCUAAGUGCCUGCUUCCUCCUGGGGGUUUGUUUGAUAUUAGGCUUUCCUUCUUCAGAGGCUGCCAGGACACAGCCGCACAUCGUGUUUAUUUUAGCCGACGACUACGGCUGGAACGACGUGGGUUACCAUGGCUCCGAGAUCAAGACGCCCAACCUGGACGAGCUUUCAGGUGCCGGAAUCCGACUGGAAAACUACUAUGUGCAGCCGCUGUGCACGCCGUCCAGAAACCAGCUCAUGACGGGGAGAUACCAGAUCCGUACAGGUAUGCAGCACCAGAUCAUCUGGCCAUGCCAGCCGUACUGCGUGCCUCUGGAAGAGAAGCUCCUGCCUCAGCUGAUGAGAGAAGCUGGUUAUAAUACUCACAUGGUGGGCAAGUGGCAUCUGGGCAUGUAUAAGAAGGACUGCCUGCCCACUCGCAGAGGCUUCGACUCCUACUUUGGUUAUCUCACAGGCAGCGAGGACUACUUCACCCACAAUCGAUGCGUCAUCAUUCCGCCCAACAACGAGACUCGGUGUGCACUGGAUUUCAGGGACGGCGAGGAUGUGGCUGCCGGGUUCACAGGACAGUAUUCGACGCACCUCUUUACGGAGAAAGCCACCGAUAUCAUUAAAAAGCAUGACCUGGCCAAGCCCCUCUUCCUGUACGUGGCCUUUCAGGCUGUCCAUGCCCCACUGGAAGUCCCAGAGCCCUAUCUGGAACCUUACUCCUUCAUCCAGGACCAUAAGCGCAGGUACUAUGCAGCCAUGGUGUCGGCCAUGGAUGAGGCCGUGGGCAACAUCAGUCGAGCCCUGCAGCAGAGUGGACUGUGGGACAACACUGUGCUGGUCUUCUCCACAGAUAAUGGGGGGCAGACGCUGUAUGGAGGCAACAACUGGCCACUGCGUGGCAGGAAGUGGUCUCUGUGGGAAGGCGGCGUGCGCGGCGUCGGCUUCGUCACCAGCCCUCUCCUGGCGCUCCCCAGGACCAUCAGCAAAGAGCUUAUCCACAUCUCUGACUGGCUGCCCACUCUGGUGGGCCUGGCAGGGGGGACCACCAACGGAACACAGCCUCUGGACGGAUUCGACGUCUGGGGCACGGUCAGCAAAGGGAACCCUUCACCUAGAGUGGAGCUGCUGCACAACAUUGACCAGAUGUACGUCGACACUGCACCAUGUCCUGGAAGGGAAUCCAGAAUGAAGGCCCCAGCCAUCAAUCACAGUCCAUGGUCUGACUCAAAAUUCAAUGUCUCUGUUCAUGCUGGCAUCCGAUACAAGAACUGGAAGCUGCUUACUGGGGAUCCAGGCUGUGACCACUGGUUCCCACCUCCUCAGCUGUCCAACAGCUCAGAAUCCAGUAGGAUGGAUGCUUCCCUCAAGCCUGUACAGCUCUUCAACAUUGAAUCAGACCCUGAGGAGAGGCAUGAGGUUUCUCAGCAUCACCCGGAAGUGGUGCAUUUUCUCCUAGACAGACUCGAGUAUUACGCCAAGGCUGCCAAACCUAUCAACUAUCCUGACGAUGACCCCAAGUGCGACCCGGGGCCCAGCGGAGCCUGGGGUCCUUGGGCCUAGUCUGAGAUUGACAGUCAGAGGGCUGAUCACUCCCCUUUCAUUUUUAAAGUGGCCAUAAGAGGGAGAAAUCAGGUGAAAACUCUAUGAAUGCAAGCCACUGUUUUACUUGAUCGUGUUUAAUACUGUUAUAUCUUUUUAUACUCUCCAGAAAUACAAAAAAUUUAUAUAUUUUAAUAUAUCAUGCUAGAUUAUACAUAUGUGAGAGAUUAUUUUGUAUAAUAGAAACUUUUUAGAACAACUAAUUGAGUACUCUAUAUAUAAAUAUAAUGUCCAAUAUUCUUUUAGCUGAGGAUGAUGGUCAUUUUCUUACAGAAAUUCUAAUUUACUGUAGCAGACAAUCCAGGGAUUCUGUCGGUGUUGCCACUGUUCUAAAUGGAUAAAGCAAUUAAAACAGAAACAGUUUGACAGUCUUUAAAAUAUAUAACAGCUUUAUAUGAUGAUAUUUCUGUUAUUUUAAUAAUUUAAUGUUAGUGGAUUUCAGCAGCAUUAUAUUAGUGAUCAAAUGUUUUUGUACACAGAAUGAAUGUCUGUGCAUCCCUACAGUCUAAUUCAAAUUUUUAGUUUUAUGUUUAAUACCGACGUGCUUCACAUAGCAAAAAAAAAAAAAUGGACCAAAAGCAAACAAGCACACAGGGAUACGUGAUCAUCCUGCGUAUGUUUUAAUUAGGUUUCUUUGCUUAAACGAUUUUAAAUUGUGUUAACAGCUCUCAUUCCGCAGAAUCAUGGUUUUACAAACGUCCAUUUUCAAGGCUGAUUCACAUCCAUCUCUUAACACUAUCCCCUAAUUUGGUGUUGCCCAAAAAAAGGAUUAGGCUGGGAAACACUGCCCUAAUUUUCUAUCAGGCUUGGUUCAGCCAUCUGUCACUCACAUAAUAGUAUGAAAAGAUGGGUGGAAAGAAUUGCUUGUGUGUGUGUGAUUUUUUUUUUUUUACAGCUGUCAUCUGAAACAAAAGGGACAGAAUGUGCUAAAGUUGCACUUUGUUAUAGGCUGUGAAGGAAAAUGUACCCAUUACCUUGUAUAAUUCUUAUGACUCAUUGCUGUGGAUGAUUAUUACACUUUUCUUUUGAAAGAGAAAUACAUUUUUUCAAUAAAA